GUGAAAAUCUUCAAUUGUUUCUCCCAGUCCUGCAUUUUGCGUUCUUGCUCCAGUCAGGUUCCUUGUAGAUCCCUUUCCCUUGUCUUCGCCAUGACGAAGCUCACUUUCAAGUCCAAGUAUAACUCCGAGACCGAGAAGUUUCAGGGCACUCUAGGCAUCUGGCUCGAGGACUUGAAGCUGAAGCUUUCACUGACGGACAAGACCUUGAGGAAUGUCGGAAGUAUCAAGGAGGACACGGAAAUCGCAGUGGAAAAGCCCGGCCAUUUCAUUCUCGAGCAUCACUUCCACAAGAAGCACACAAGGUUCCAAUUCCACGGGCACACCAAGGUGGCCGACAAGCCCGUGAAGCUGACAUUCGUCCACCACCACGGUCCCGGCGUGACGACGCUGGAAGCCAACGCUAAGCUGGGCGACCACAGCAGGGCGAUUGUGAAGCACAACUUCGCCAAGGAUGGCCCGAUGGUGCGACUGGAGCAGGACUACAAGGACACCACCUUAAAGCCGCUGUACGACUUCGGUGAGGGGAAGUGGGCCUUGGGCUUUCAGAUCAAGCAGAAGCUGAAAAAGGAUCACCUGGAGGUCUCUUACUGGCAUCACAGGGAGCGGGCUGAAGUCGAAUACCAUAAGCACAUUGAUGAUGAUGGCCCUUUCAAGGUCACUGCCGUCUUCCACUGCAAGCAUGGUGGCAGGCGCCCAGCAUUGCUGCUGGAGAAGGAAUGGAAGUUCUCAGUCUAAUUUCUUAUUGGUUGCUGGAGUUGAUUGGAUGCCAAGCAGCGUUUGCUUCAUGUAACUAAUGAUAGUGAACUUGUAUCACAUGCAACACCCCCCCAGCCCCCCAACCAGCCCCCCAACCAGCCCCCCAACCCCAGCCAGCCCCCCAACCAGCCCCCUUCCCUCUGUCCUAUAGAAGGCUUUAGAGUUGAUUAUUGCAAUGCUUUUAGUACUCCGCUAUUAUUUUCAGCGAGAUACUACGUGAAAGGUGUUUCAC